GGAAGGGAGCGGGUGGGUAGCAACAGUUGCCCUGGUGAGGACGGAGCGCCAUAGCCACGGUAGCCCUGGCGACAAGAACCCAGCAACGAGGAUCAACAACAACAACUGAACCGGCAACCAAAAUAAAAGAAGACCUUUCAUCGAGAGCGCGCGGACCGUGAGGGUGAUUCCCAACUCUUGUAAUGGCCACCUCAGGCUAUGCAGGUGAGAUUCAACAAACAGCCCAACCCCAGGGGUCUGUAGUUACCAUCACACCUGGGCAACCUGACGGCAGCUCCACCCCUCCAACUGCCCCUCAGUUUCUGGCUGAGAUUCAGACCACUGUGGCCACGCCCACCAUCAUCACCCCCACAGGUCAGACUGCUCACACUGAUCAAGAUCAAGCCUCCAUCAGCACUCAGAAACCUGCAGCUGGAAGUCAAGCUCAGUCCACGGCACAGACCCAGCCGGCCCAGACCCAGUAUGUGACCGCAGAGAUCCAGGGCUCCCCAACAGAGUCUGGGAACACCCAGAACACCCCUCAGUACAUAGUCGUUACAGUCACAGAAGGCUCCCUGCACUCCAGCGACAGUGUGUCAGACUCCAGUCCUCCUCCAGCUGUGGUGCAGACAGGUGUACCCACGCAGGUUGUCCAGCAGGUGCAGACAGCUCAACAGCAGAGGUCUGUGGUGCAGGCUACCUCUCAGAUAGCCAAAACUGAGCCAGGAACCCAGCUCAGUGUCACCAGUCUGCAGCCUGUACACAUCAGCCCAGAGCUCCUCCCUAGCACUGAGGUGACGGUGUUAGUCAGGGACAGCAGUGUAGAGAGGCAGCUGCAGCACCAGAUAGAACAGCCGGGGCACCAGGCAGCAGCGCCAGGAGACCACAUUCAAGAUUGCUCUGGAAAAGCACUUUGCAUCCCCUUCAUCAUCCCUAUGGAACUUCUCCAGUACUACCAGUCUGUGUACCUGCCUUUAGUACAUGCAGACAGAGAGAUAGGAGACCACCUGUCAGGCUCAGGUCCUGAUCAGCCCGUCCAGCACACCAAAACUGCAACUAGCCAAGUCCAGCAGCAGCUCACUUCAGUGCCAGUUCAACACGUGUACACCAAUCAGGUCCAGUAUGUGGAGGGAGGAGAUAACAGCUACUCCAGCAGCACCAUUCGUUCUGGAAGCUUCCCAUACACUGACGCCCCGCUGUACACCCAGACCACGGCUGCUCAGUAUUAUGAGGGUCAGACCGCCCCCGGCUCACAGGCCUCCACACCUGGCACACCCCUGACUGUCUCUGUGACCGCUGGCACAACAGGAGGCGUGUCCAUGUUUGUGGCCCAGCCCACCAGUGCAUCAGCAGGAGGGGCCACAGUGGUGACCGCGAGUGGCACCACCAAUGGGUCAGGUGAAGGGGCGGGCACGAACGGUGGCACAGCAGGCAGCUAUGUGAUCCAGGGGGGUUACAUGCUGGGUGGCAGCAGCACCAGCAGUGGAGGAGGAACAGCGGGCAACAGUCAGAACUACUCUCACACCGCCCGCGCCUCUCCAGCCACCGUGAGUAUUACAGAGGGCGAGGAGAGUAGCGUGCCGUCGGCAGACAAGAAGGUACAGUGGUUGCUGGAUAAUUAUGAGACAGCUGAAGGAGUUAGUCUGCCUCGGUCCACCCUGUACUGUCACUACCUGCUGCACUGCCAGGAGCAGAAACUGGAGCCCGUCAACGCCGCCUCCUUCGGGAAGCUCAUCAGAUCUGUGUUCAUGGGGCUCCGCACACGCCGCCUCGGCACACGCGGUAACUCUAAAUACCAUUACUAUGGACUGAGGAUCAAGGCUGGCUCCUCCCUCCUCCGUCUGAUGGAAGACCAGCAGCACCUGGCCAUGAGGCAGCAGCCCUUCUCACAGAAACAGAGGUUGAAGCCUGUGCACAAAGUGGAGGGGAUGACCAAUGGAACAGCAUCAGGAACAGGCCAGCAGCAGCAACAGCAGCAACAGGGUUCUGGACAGGUGGACAUCAGCACCCAGGUUCAGCAGUACCAGCAGUUCCUAGAUGCAUCCAGAGCUCUCCCAGAGUUCCCAGAUAUCGACCUCCAGGGAAAGUCUCUGCCAGAGGGCAUCGAGCUGGAGCACAUUAAGAGCUUUCAGCUGCUCUACAGAGAACACUGUGAGGCCAUACUAGACGUGAUGGUCAACCUGCAGUUCACUUUGGUGGAAACUCUGUGGAAAACCUUCUGGAGGUUCAGCCAGAGUCAGACUGGAGACGCCACGCUGGCUGUUCAUGAUGAGUCAGAGAAGCGUCUCCCUAAGUCCUGCCUGGUGUUGCUGUGUAAGUACGAGCCAGUACUGCGCUGGAGUCGUGACUGUGAUAAUAGCCUGUACCAGGGCCUGGUGGAGAUCCUCAUCCCUGAUGUCCUCAGACCCAUCCCCAGUGCCUUAACCCAAGCCAUCCGCAACUUUGCCAAGAGCCUGGAGAGCUGGCUGACUAAUGCCAUGAUGAACAUCCCUGAGGAGAUGGUCCGCACCAAGGUCACAUCUGCCAAUGCCUUUGCUCAGACUCUGCGUCGCUACACCAGUCUGAACCACUUGGCCCAGGCGGCCCGCGCGGUGCUCCAGAACACGGCCCAGAUCACUCAGAUGCUCUCAGAUCUCAAUCGUGUCGACUUCGCUAACGUCCAGGAGCAGGCUUCAUGGGUGUGCAGGUGUGAAGACCGCGUUGUCCAGAGACUGGAGCAGGACUUUAAGCUGACCCUCCAGCAGCAGAAUUCUCUGGAGCAGUGGGCUGCGUGGCUCGACGGUGUGGUCUCCCAGGUCCUGAAACCCUACCAGCAGAGUCCCACCUUCCCCAAAGCCGCCAAGCUCUUCCUGCUGAAGUGGUCUUUUUACAGCUCCAUGGUGAUCAGGGACCUGACCCUGAGGAGUGCUGCCAGUUUUGGUUCCUUUCACCUGAUCCGCCUGCUGUACGAUGAGUACAUGUACUACCUGAUUGAGCACAGAGUGGCCCAGGCCAAAGGAGAGACCCCCAUAGCUGUCAUGGGAGAGUUUGCCAGUUUAGGCCGGGGUCUGAGCCAGCUGGAUCCUGAUAAAGAAGAAGAAGAGGAGGAGGAGGAGGAGAGUGAUGACGAAGGUCAGGAGCUGUCCCUUCCCUCAGACGGCGCUGUGCUUGGAGACGAGUCUCUGGAGCCGCCCGCCAAGCUAGCAAGAAUUGACCAGAGAGUCCUGUUCACCACUGGAUCAGCUGACAACUAACCAUUGAAAGACACUACACACACACACACAUGGGUUACACUGGUUACAACCACACACACACACACACACACACACACAUGGAUGUAUAAAGAACACCACUUAACACACCCCACACAUGUAUAUAGAUCUUGUAUGUGUGCUGUCUCGCUGCAUACUGUAACUGUCGCACUUGUUUACACAUGUACACACACACACUCUCACACACUGUCAGUACUGCUGCUGCCUGGAUGACCCGACCACCUGUUGGUCCCUUUGAUUCAACACAUCAUCACUGGCACGGGGACAGGAAGUGACAAACCAGACUCUGUUGUAGAAACGCUGAACGUUUUCUCUCAGUCCAGUUUUUAGAAUUUAAAAAACAAACUGAAGCUGAAA